UAGGUACUUGAUCGUGCUGUGACCCUAGCACUUGGGUUAAGCCUUUUGUCCUGUGCAAUUAAGGUAAGUAAAUUAUGGUAAUGCCCUUAAAUUUUAAAGCAUAUUUUAACUGUUUUUAAGAUGGUGGCAAGGUUUAAAUGGAUUUAAUUGCAUUUGAGCAUGAUUAAAAAUGAAAAUGGAACUUUUAUUAUUUUCCUUAUUUUCUAGAAUUGAGCAUGCCCACGUGAGAUUCUUUCGAUUUAUUCUUGAAAGUGAGAACGAUUAUGAAUCGUGGUUUUUCUGUAAAUUUGCUUGGUUUUGUCUCCGAUAUGGUCAUGUUAUUCGUGUGCCUGCUAGUGGAAGGUUUAUAAACGUUAGCACAUGUCGACAUGUUAUUGAUAGAACCGGUUCGCUCGUGUUAUCCUACUAGUGGGAUUAUACACUACUAAUCAUGUGCCUGCCAGUGGGAGGUUUAUAACACUGGUCAUGACUAAUAGAGGAGACCACUAUUUAAUUUUAUUUUGCAUUAAUGGUUUGUUAUUGAGAUGCUCUAUUUAUGUUUAAACUAUUUAUUUAGCAUGCUUUAAAUUUUGAUCCUGGGCAUCCAUAUUUACUUACUGAGAUAUUUUAUCUCACAGUUUUCCUUGUCCACCAUUUCAGGUAGUGAGACCUGACGUAUGGGGAGCCCGGGGGAGUGAUAAGCUAGACGGCUAUGCAUUAUUUUGGACUUAAGUUUUGUAGCUAGGCCGCUAGUCACCCAUGAUGACUUAGAAAUUUUUGUGUACAGAACUCCCUUAGUUAUAGUCAUGAUUGUAUAAAUGAAGUUAUAAAUCCUUGUAUAUUUUGACUAGUAAAUAUUUAGAAAAAAAAAAAGAAAAAGAAACUAGAUAUUACUCG